GAAUUCUAGGCCAACCAAACAGAUACUUGAAAGUUAGCGAGAAACGCAGAGAGAGAGAGGGGCGACAAUGGCGGUGCCGAAUAUAAUAUUAUCUUAUCCUGCCAAUCCAUGGCUGCUGACGUCACCCUCCGCUUCACUCUCUUUCCACUGUUACAAUAACAGUUUUAUAAUGAAUAAUAAUAAUAAUGCGAAGCAUUAUUUUAACGUUGUUUCCAGUCUCCCUCUGCCCAAGGUCGGAACUGCAGCAAAACCCAAGCUUUCUUGUUUCACCUCACGAAUGCCGCUCUGCUCCUCCGAUUCACCAGGUUCGUGGAUGCAAGAUAAUCCUUGUUCAAAUGGAAGGAAACACAGUUUAUUAGUGCAUUCGGUUCCCCCCACGAAAUCUGUGGAAGUUGCCUCUGUAAAUGACCUUUUUGAUUUCAUAUGCUCCGGCCCCCUAGUGAACAAAACAGGCCUAACCCCAGAAGCGGUGGCAGAGUCCAUUGAUAAGUGGAUAGAGUAUGGAUCAAUUCUUUGUAGACUGUUUCAGCUCAACCAGCUAACCCUUAAUCUCCCCCAGAAAGUUAGAAUUUAUCAUUACUAUAUCCCAGUGUUCAUGUGGUGUGAAAGGGAAAUAGCAGAUCAUUGCUCUAAGUUGAAGGGUGCAGAUGAAGUUCCUCCUUUGGUGAUUGGGUUUAGUGCACCACAAGGCUGUGGGAAGACGACACUUGUUUUUGCACUGGAUUAUCUUUUCCAGGUCACUGGGAGGAAAUCAGCUAUGCUUUCCAUUGAUGAUUUCUAUUUGACGGCUGAGGAUCAGGCCAAACUAAGAGAAAGCAAUCCCGGGAAUUUGCUAUUAGAGUUGCGUGGUAAUGCUGGAAGCCAUGAUCUUCCAUUUGCUGUUCAGACUCUCACGGCUCUAACCAAAUUGACCAAAGAAGGUACGAAGAUGAAGCUCCCUCGGUAUGAUAAAUCUGCAUACAAUGGUAGAGGCGAUAGAGCUGAUCCUUCCACAUGGCCAGAGAUUGAAGGGCCCCUUACGGUGGUUCUGUUUGAGGGUUGGAUGCUUGGUUUCAAACCCCUUCCAUCCGAAGCUGUCAAAGCUGUUGACCCACAGCUAGAGAUUGUUAACAAGAAUUUAGAAGCAUACUAUGAUGCAUGGGACAAGUUCGUAAAAUCAUGGAUAGUUAUCAAGAUUCAAGACCCAACGUGUGUCUAUAAUUGGCGAUUGCAGGCCGAGAUUGCUAUGAGGGCUGAUGGAAAACCUGGGAUGUCCGAUGAGGAGGUUAAAGAUUUUGUGUCGCGCUACUUGCCAGCUUACCACGCGUACCUUCCUACCCUCUACUCAGAGGGACCAAGUGGCGCAGAUCCAGACCACUUGCUUCUCAUUGAAAUCGACGAGGGCAGGAACCCCAUUCUUGGUUGCUAGCUAAAACUUUCAACUGCAGAAUGUCUGUUACGAUCCAGCCUCUGGUUUCUAUGUUUUUGUACAAAGAUUCUAGCUAACUUUUGCUUCCUUAAUCAUGCUUCUUUGUUACUCAUGUUCUUUUGGUCGAAUUCGACUACAUAUGUUAACCAUUGUCAAGGAAAUAUGGAAAUAUAGAAUAAGAUUUUUACUUCAACUUUGAACCAAA